AAGCCCAAUUAAAUAAUAUUAAAGUCAAAGAUACAGAGGUAGAAGUAGAGACGUAUAUGACUGAUAUAAAGGCAGAAGAUAUAGAGGUAGAAGUAGAGACGUAUGUGACUGAUAUAAAGGCAGAAGAUAUAGAGGGAGAAGAAGAGACGUAUGUGACUGAUAUGAAGGCAGAAGAUAUAGAGGGAGAAGAAGAGACGUAUGUGACUGAUAUAAAGGCAGAAGAUAUAGAGGAAGAAGAAGAGACGUAUGUGACUGAUAUAAAGGCAGAAGAUAUAGAGGAAGAAGAAGAGACGUAUGUGUCUGAUAUGAAGGCAGAAGAUAUAGAGGGAGAAGAAGAGACGUAUGUGAGGGGUGAUCAGCAGUGUAAGGAGGAGGAAAUCCCUACAGAUACCAGCACAGCAGAUGGACACACAAGCAGGAAUAUCUCAGAAGGACAUCUAAUGUUAUCCCCGGAUUGUGACAUAAAAGAUAAUGACAGUAGACAGUAUUCUCCGGGAGAUAACCCCAUUACCCCUAUUAUACAUCCAGCUCUAUCAGCUGAUCCCUCUGAUCCUGGGAAAUGUUCUCCUGAUCACUCUGAUAUUGGUGCAUCUGUUACAGCUCCGACAGUAGAUACAGUGUUUCCCUGUUCUAUAGAUGCCAAAUGUUUUACAAAGAACACGAAGCCUAAUAACCCACACACAGUAACUUGGAAAAGAUGAGAUAUGAGGUGCACUCUGGAAGCUUAUAGGGGGUUAAUCAGAGAUGAACGCAGAUGUGACAUCAUGCAGCCCCUGGAAAAUGGCCCGGCCCGCCUGCGUUUACCCCUCAGGGAUGCGACCGCAAUGUGUGUGUCUGCGUGGCCGCUGCGCAUGUGCAUUUUACCACCACCAGGAAACUGCUGUGGGCCGCUAUUGCGGCUGGGUCUGAAUGACCCCCAUAGACCUUUGGCUCCCUGCAAUACUAUAAUGUAACUUGAAUUGUUUCUGUGCUUUAAAGGAUAUUUUAUCCAUGUUGUGCAGAGUAAAGUAUUUUUUAAGUUUAAAAUAUAGAGAAAAAUCUGUUUAU